AUGUGGUUUUGCGUUCCUUGUUUAGCUGAAUCCCCCACACACCAACUCACUUGUUGUUUGACUCUUCAUGACAUCAACUUCACUGCAUUCCCUGCCUCGGAAAAUGACUCUGCAGCUAAUAAUUACUAUAAGUUGCUCAAUUUUUCCAUUCAAAAUCUUCGUUUUAUUGAUCCCACAGUUCCUAAGCCAAUUGCCAUCAUACUUCCCGAGAGCCUUGAGCAGCUAAUAAACUCUAUAUUUUGCUCUAGACAACGGUCGUUGGAAAUUAGAGUACGGAGUGGAGGACACAGCUAUGAAGGCACAUCGUCCGUUGCCGAGGAUGGAGCUCGGUUUGUGAUCAUCGACAUGAUGAAUUUGAACCGGGUUUCGGUGGAUUUGGAAACUGAAACGGCGUGGGUGGAAGGAGGUGCAACGCUGGGUGAGACGUACCAUGCAAUUGCUAAAGCAAGCCUUGUUCAUGGGUUCUCAGCCGGGUCAUGCCCAACUGUGGGGGUUGGUGGCCAUAUUGCCGGUGGUGGGUUCGGGCUAAUGUCAAGAAAGUAUGGGCUCGCGGCGGAUAAUGUGGUGGACGCACUUCUUGUCGAUGCGGAGGGACGGUUGUUAGACCGAGAAGGCAUGGGAGAUGAUGUGUUUUGGGCUAUUAGAGGAGGUGGUGGGGGUGUUUGGGGAGUUGUCUAUUCUUGGAAAAUCCAACUCUUGAAAGUGCCACAAAUUGUAACUGCCUUUGUUGUGUCUAGACCAGGCGAAAAAAGGCAUGUAGCAAAGCUAGUAGAUAAGUGGCAAAACGUUUCACCUUACUUGGAAGACGACUUCUACAUUUCAUGUUUUGUUGGUGCUGGAUUGCCAGAAGCCAAGAAUGCCACAAGCCCUAGUGGAAUAUCAGCCACAUUUAAAGGGUUUUAUCUAGGCCCAAGAAGCACUGCCAUGUCUAUCCUAAAUCAAGCUUUCCCUGACUUGGGUAUUACACAAGAUGAUUGUACCGAAAUGAGUUGGAUCGAGUCCGUUGUGUUCUUCUCCGGCCUAAGUAAGGGCAGCCCAGUUUCUGACUUGAGAAAUCGGUAUUUGCAAGAAAAAGGGUUUUUCAAAGCCAAAUCUGACUACGUCAGAACCCCGAUUUCUCAAGCUGGAAUAGAAGCUGCGCUAGAAAUACUUGAGGAGGAACCCAAAGGGUACAUCAUCUUAGACCCGUAUGGUGGGAUUAUGCACCAUGUGAGCAGCGAGUCCAUUGCUUUUCCUCACAGAAAAGGCAAUCUCUUUACAAUUCAGUACCUGGUGGAGUGGAAAGAAGAAGACAAUUACAAAAAAGAUGACUACAUAGAUUGGAUAAGAAGAUUAUACAAUUCAAUGACACAAUUUGUGUCAUGGGAUCCAAGGGCUGCUUAUAUCAAUUACGUUGACCUUGACCUCGGAACGAUGCGUUUUAUUGACCCUAGUGUUACAACUAAGGAUGCUGUGGAGAUUGCUAGGGAUUGGGGUGAGAAGUACUUCUUGAACAACUACAACAGACUGGUCAAAGCAAAAACACUUAUUGAUCCAAGCAAUGUUUUCAGAAACCAACAAGGGAUCCCUCCAAUGUCUUUGGCGGUUCUCAGUUCAGUUCUGCAUGCUGAGAUUUGA